UAUUGUUUUCCUAAGAUCAAGAAAGUCCAUUAAUACAUCAAUAUACAAAUUUUCUUUGACCUAUCAAUGGCCAUGAACACAAACCAAACUGCAGAUUGUUGGUAUUUUUGUGAUGCAACAUGUCCUUAUGCUUGUUAUCCUUACGUAGAUUUGGAUUAUUACAUACCUCCACCACCACCAACACCGUUGCCGCGGCCACAAUUAAGCAGCAAACAUCAUCAGAACAUAGCACCUUUUGUAAUAAUAUCUGUUGCCUUGUUUGCUAGCUUGUUCAUUCUUGUCAGCUACUAUUUGAUCAUUGUCAAGAAUUGUUUGAAUUUUAACAGGAGAAGAACCCCAUCACCACAAGAUGAAGAAGUUUUCGAUGAAAAUCGAGCUCCUGUUAUUGAUCAUCCAAUUUGGUACAUCAACACUAUAGGUCUUCAGCCAUCUGUUAUUGAUAAGAUUACUAUUUUGAAGUACAAAAGAGGGGAUGGUAUAGUUGAAGGAACAAAUUGUUCUGUUUGUUUGAAUGAAUUUCAGGAUGAUGAGUCUCUUAGAUUACUACCAAAUUGUAAACAUGCCUUUCAUAUUCGUUGUAUAGAUACAUGGCUUCGAUCACACACAAAUUGCCCCUUGUGUCGUUCUUGCAUUACAUCAACAGUGGUGCCAAUAGACGCGAAUUCAGAUACUAAUUUGAGUACCUAUGAAGAAAGGAUGCUGGGAAAUGAUGAACAUGGAGAAGAUAAUAGUAACAAUGAGGUAAUGGAUGGCGAGAUUCGGGAUAAUCAACAAGAGCUUUUGCAGAUUGAGAGCAUGGGAACUUCAAGAAAAGAAGUAAAUAGCAAGAGGGGUAGUGUAGAUGAGAAAGUACAAUCAAUGAGGAGAUCAGUUUCAGUGGAUUUUUCAAUUAGUUCAAAUAAAGGGCUUGAUAAUUUAUUUGUUUUGUCAAGAAUGAGUGAAAGAGGAGAAGCUGCUGGUGAAAAUUCAAGUUCAAUUCUGCAUAAGGAAGAACCUGUUUUGAUGAAGAGAUCAUUUUCUUAUGGUGGUAGGUCGUUUUUCUCAAGACAUAAUCGUAGUCGAAGUUCAGUACUUCCAUUGUGAAACACCUCUUCAAAAAUGUGUGUUAUCAGAUGCAUGUCGAAUCCUUAAAAAUAGUGCAAGGUGCGUGUCGGAUCCUUUAAAAAGAGUCCGAGCUACUUAGCUUGGAGCAUACUGGGGAAGUUGAAGAUCAUAAACUGUGAAUAACAUCUGUUAAGUUCUCUAGAGGACCACAAUGAACCAAGAGGAAGAUUGAGGAUUUUGGCAAUAAACAGAUUGGGGGUUGUAUGAUAGUUUUAAGAGUGGAUUCUAAUUUGUUUGCAUUCUUAUGAACAAAUUUGUAUUCUCUAGUUAUUAUUACAGAACAAAAUUUCUUCAGAAUAAAUGACAGACAUUCAUUGUAAUUCUUCUUUUCUUUUUCU